AUGUCAGGAAUCAAGCAUUACGUGUCGUUGGCUGCCGUCUUAUUAGCCGUUUUUCAUAAUACAGUAGCAUUGCAAAAGACUGCAGCGUAUCCAAGGAUUGCAGCGUAUCCAGAAAAUCCAGGUCCCGAUACUGGCUUGCCAUUCACCAGUAACUUGAGCAUCAUGGAGUUUAUCGAUAUGUGUACUUCUCACAUAUAUUUUGAUGGUUAUGGUGAAUGUCAGUAUCUCUCUGACGAUUCGAUACGUCAAAUCAAUCUCUACAAUGACUUAUCCUACGGUGAAAUGGAUAGAUUUGGGCAGGAAAGGGAGAGGGUCAAACAGGAAAAACAGGAAAAACAGGCAAUGGAAAGAGCUGGGAAAUCACGGCUGUUUGACGCCCUGGAUAACCCAGCCGCAGUUCACCAGCUGAUUGUGGAAGGGGAAGACGCCAACUAUGAAGAUUUUCUCGGAGCAACUCCACUGCACUGGGUAUUCUCACAAGAGACCCCGAAUCUAGAAUCUGCGGAUAUAAUUCAUCAAAAUGGAGGGAAUAUAGAUAGCCAGGACUACCAGGGAAACACGCCUCUCGAGUAUGCCGUUCGCCACGCAAAGACCGCGGCAGGGGCAGAGUGGCUUCUAGCCAAAGGCGCAGAUCCAAACAUCAAGACGAAACAGAAUCUCUUGCUAUUUGCCUCGUCUCAAGGCAAAAUCGACAUCCUUAAGAUGUUGCUGGAAGCUGGGGCGGAUCCAAACACGCCACGACACUUCCCGCCGCUCUUCUCCGCCAUGGGACUAGGAAAGCUUUUCAACGAGACGGUAGAUUUAUUUCUCGCACACGGGGCCAAUCCUGUUGCCCGGACAAAUGGGGAUAUGACGCCUUUGGCCUAUGCCGCUCGCCACGGCAAUUCUUCUGGCCGCUUGAGCGUGAUUCGCAAAGUGUAUGAACAGGCACAGCGUCGAGGCACUCCCUAUACCGCAGAACAGCUGGGCAAGGCUCUUUCUGAAUAUCGUGGCAUAAACUAUCCCCGAGACUUUUUCGAACAGUUUCUGGAGUGGAACGUGGAUGUGAAUCAAAAAAUAGCUCGCCCACACGGAGGCUUCACUCGGCCUUUGAUUAUUGCCUGCGGCGAUGCUGGCGUUGACAUGGACGCCGUUCGGCAUCUGCUAAGUUUGGGGGCGGAUCCAACUUUGACAGAUGACGAUGGAAACACUCCGCUUCAUGCAGCGAUACACACAGGAGCACCAGAUACGGCGCUGUUCUUACUAGAGAUUCUUGACGCCCAGGCGAUUGACCAAGUAAAUAAGCAUGGCCAGACAGCUUUGCAUUUCGCCUGCGGGGGGGUUCACCCGGAUGCUUUCAAUGCCCGCUGGAAUAAGAGAUUCCUCCUAGUCCCUGAACUAGGAGGCUUUUUCAAAGACGAAGCGGUGCGUCAGUUCAAAGACACGACUAUUAUUACUCAUCGUGCAGAAACUCAAAUCGCACGCCGCAUGCGCCUCAUCCCGGCUCUGCUCAGCAAGGGGGCAUCCCCAUACGCGCAGGAUUCUCCCACAGGCGCCACGCCAUUGCACUACGUGUGCAGGCUUGGAGUUGCUGAGAUUGUGACUGCUUUCCUGCAGGGCUGUUCUGGGAAAUGCCUGCAAGUAAAGGACAAUCUGGGCCAGACGGCAUUGCACUGGGCGGCCGUAUACGGCAAAGCCGGCGCCGUGAAGGCGCUCCAGCAAUGGUCCCAAACAGAACAAGAUUUCGUAGGCGACGACGGAGGACCGUACGGGCGAAAUCUCCCCUGCGUGGCGGACAAAGAUGGUCGCCUGCCGCUUCAUCUUGCCGCAAUGAAGGGCCACGACGAUGCCAUGGAUGUGUUGCUAGAGUACACUCCCGCCACGCACUACAAAGCCAAAGACGUGGACGGCCGCACGCCUUUGUGGUAUGCCGAGGAAUGGUUCGAAGACACAGACUAUGGGAGCUGCGUUUUAUAUAGAGACGACGACUGUGCGGGCAAGAUUCAUAGGAAGUUGGACAGUGUGCGCGUUAAUCCGCGUUACUACUAUGCUUUUGCUGCUGUGGCUUCUUUGGUGGGUGUGGCGGUCAUCUUUCGGUCUGCUAUUGCUGGUGCUGCGGGUGCUGUUGUUGAUUUGGGCUGUAGGCUCUGUGUGAAGGCGUGGGAAGGGGGAGAAGUUGGUUGGCGAUGGGGGCUGGUUGCGUGGCGAUGGGGAGUGGUUGCGUGGCGAUGUGCUGUAGCUGGUGCUGUGGCUGGGUGGCGAUCUAUGCGAGAUGAGUUUCACAAGAGCCAGGAAGGAUACAAGUCAAUCUCACAAUGAUAGUAUUUGCAGCAGACACAUGUUUACAUAUAUAUUUAUACAUAUGCUGCCCUGGGCAUCAUCGCCCAAGUGCCGUGAAUCUGAUCUGCUGUCUGUAAACUAUGUAUAGUACAACUCUUCCUUGAUGCCUUUUAUAAAAACAAAAGGCUUUCCCAUCUCAAAAUGAUUCCAUCAUUAAUGCUUAUAAAGGCCAUGCAUGCAGGUAAUGUAUGCCAAAUAUGCCAUUUGUGCAAAAGCAAAAUGAGCAAAAAAAAAAAAAAAAAAAAAAAAUACACAAAAAAACAAAUAACUUUUUUUGUUUGUCCCUCCCUUCCUAAAAAAAAAAAAACGCCAUGAAAAGUUUCAAAAGAUGCCCAAAAUUGUUGGUCAAUGCUGUGAUGUGUCGAAUAAAUCAGAGCGACGAGGUGUAAAGCACACGGGUUCUCUGUCCAGAUGCCGAGUUGCAUGUGAAUACUUUUAGAAAAAAAAGUGAGACAUUUGGCUGGCCAAACAAUGAUAAUGGCAAUGACAAAGCAAGAAGUAAGUAAUUCAUGUUGUCCCUUUUGCGCAUGUGCCUGUCGGCAUCUGAAACUGCAAAUCAAAAAGAUUGUGUCCUUCACAUGUCUUCUUGUGUUGGUACAUAUGCAUUGCUCGCAACAGUAAAUGCCGCCGUCAUGCUCUCGUCAUGUACUCCGUUGCAUUGUCGCGAGGCAGUGUCCCUAAUUGGACAACAGCGGUUAAGCUCAACUUGUUGACAAGUAAAAAGCCGCGCAUAGCUCGAUGCUGCUGCCGCAGUUGUCGUGAAAGAAAAACAAAUUGGUGGUGACAAUGCAUUACUCAUAGCGGCCC